AGAGGGCGGGAGAGUGGGGAGGAGUAGACGGCAGCCGGCGAUGGGUGGCCCGGAAGCCCAGGCGGGCAGCCAAGAGCCAGUCCCUGGAUCAGCUGGGUGGUCUGCCUGCUGCCAGCUUGUUGCACCCAAUUAGCGAGCCUGCUUGUUCCCCUCAUUCUUGUAGGUGUAGCUGGAAAAUGAAGUGACAACGGACUCGCCAGUUACCAUUUGUGUCUUCUGCAAUGGCUUGUGUGCCAACCAUCCCGGAAUCUUGUAGCCAUGUAUUGGCCGAGUUUGAAUGCCUUGAUCCACUGCUUUCUGCUCUCAGGCUGGAUUCCGGUCGCCUGAAGUGCACUUGUAUAGCAGCAUCUCGAAAAUGGUUGGCUCUAGGUAGUUCAGGUGGAGGCCUGAACCUCAUCCAAAAAGAGAACUGGAAGCAGAGGCUCUUUCUCACACACAAGGAAGGUGCCAUUUCCCACAUUGCCUUUUCUUUGCAUGAUGAGGACUAUGUUGCUGUAGGUACAAGUCAAGGCCUUGUUGUUGUCUGGGAAUUGAAUCAGGAACGUCGUGGGAAGCCAGAGAGGAUAUAUGUUUCUUCUGAGCACAAAGGCAGAAAAGUAACAUCUCUUUGUUGGGAUACAAGUAUUCUCCGUGUUUUUGUUGGUGAUCAUGUGGGGAAAGUGUCAGCUAUCAAGAUUAAUACAUCCAAACAAGGAAAGGCCACCACUGCAUUUGUGAUGUUUCCAGUUCAGAUCAUAACCACUAUUGACUCGCGCGUGGUUCAGCUUGAUUAUUUGGAUGGGAGAUUACUUAUAUCUUCGCUUACUCGCUCUUACUUAUGUGACACUGAGAGGGAAAAGUUUUGGAAAAUUGGAAACAAGGAAAGGGAUGGUGAAUACGGAGCCUGUUUUUUCCCAGCUGGAAAGAGUUGUGGGAGCCAGCAGUCAUUAAUAUAUUGUGCUCGUCCCGGUUCGCGUAUGUGGGAAGUGAACUUUGAAGGGGAGGUGUUAAGUACACAUCAGUUCAAACAGCUUCUGUCAUCACCGCCUCUCCCUGUUGUUAAUCUAAGAGAUAAUCCAGAGUAUGAUGUUUCUAUCUGCUCCCCUCAAUCUUUGGCUUUCCCCAGGCUGCUUUAUUUGAGUGAACACUGCGUAAUGACAUGGACAGAAAGAGGCAUUUAUAUCUUCACACCCCAAAAUGUCCAGGUUCUGCUCUGGAGUGAAGUGAAAGAUAUCCAUGAUGUUGCAGUAUAUAAAAAUGAACUCUUCUGUUUACACAACAAUGGAAAAGUAUCUCAUCUCUCCCUUCUGCCUGUGGAAAGAUGUGUGGAGCGUUUGCUUAGAAGAAGCCUCUGGAAUGUUGCGGCCAGAAUCUGUUGUCUCUUCCAGAAUUCUAUCAUUUUGUGUCGGGCAAGAAAAAUUCUUCCUGUAGAUAAGCUGGAGCACUUGAAAUCACAACUGGACCUUUCAACACAAAGCGAUAUCAUUGUUCAACUUGAAGAAUUAAUCUCAAAGCUGGAGCCUUUCAAUUCUGCUUGCAGUAGCAGGAGAAGCAGUAUUUCUUCACAUGAAAGUUUCAACAUCCUAGAAUCUGGAAUUUAUCGUGUUAUUAGUCGAAGAGGCAGUCAGUCUGAUGACGAUUCUUGCUCCCUACAUAGCCAAACUCUAUCUGAAGAUGAAAGGCUAAAAGAAUUUCAUGCACAUCAAGAAGAAGAGCCGCUGGAACUUGACAAUGUAUCUCAUGCUUCUGUGGUGGUCGAUCCCGAUCGGAAUGAGACUUUCCUUCCAUUCAGUAUUCCAUUGUCAUUCCGUUCCUCAUCUCCUCUCGUCUCUCUUCAAGCUGUCAAGGACAGUGUUUCUAGUUUUGUGCGCAAAACGACGGAGAAGAUUGAGAAGAUAGGAACCCUUCAUGUGAAUCCUGAUAGAGUCAAACAGGACAUCAAAGAUGAAGAACAACUACUGCCGGAAGUGACUGAUAGAAUAGUAGCACAACCUGAGGAGGAGGAGGAAGAGGAGGAGGAAGAAGAGGUAGAGUUACAGAGCCAGUCUUCAGAAGAGGACCACCUUAAAGACCUCAAGGCAGCAACUGGAGAUACUCUAACCAGACUUCAGGAUCCUCUGGUUUUAUUACAACCACAAUGCUUGAGGGAAGUUUUGUUGGAUUGGCUUCCAUUUUUAGAAGAAGCAUUUGGAUUCAAGGCUGCUUCCAUUUCAAAUGAUGACUCAUCUCAGUCAAGUGUGCCUUUACAACCUGAAGAACAUCAAAUUUUUGAAGCAAAUUUGGAAAUGGAUCAGUGUAGUAAACUGGUGGAUAAGGAAGAGAGGCCUGUUUUGAGAAUGAACAAUGAAAAUAGUUGUGUAAAUAAAGAAGAGGGAAACGUGCUGGAAGAAAAUGCUGAGUCAGCUAGGAACAAUCAGACUGAUAAAAUACUAUGCAAAAAGCCUGCUAGUUCAGAGACAGCCUUCAACCAGUCUCUUCGGAUCAACCCUCCAUGUUUAAUCGCACAGGACAUUCAAAAGGAUCUGGUAGAGCUGACAACUUUGUGUUUUGAAUUAAAUGUUUAUAAGUGUUCAGAAAUAAAUGAUGAACAGUCUGUGCACCCAGAAGCUUCCUCUGCAGAAACUUCCUCUGCCUUGGCUUGUAAAUUCAUAAAGGACUACUUUUUUCUUUUGGAUUUGGAAAGACUGAAGAAGUGUAUAAUAACAUGUCACAGCAAUCAUCCCAGUGUUUGGGAAACUUAUGUGGAAGGGCUAAAAGAACUGACUUUGACUAGCCCAGUCACAGUGACACUGGAAAAUGGUGACAUGUUUAAAACACUGAAAUUGUUAGUUGAUCUGGGCCCUUGGGAUGCUCCUGUGUUGCUGGCACAUGCCCAAAGGCUGUAUGAAAAAUUUGGAGAAACUUCUCUAAGGCCCCUUAUAAAGUUUUAUCCCUCCAUUUUGCCUUCAGACAUCAAGCAAAUUUGUAAACGCAAUCCUGAACACUUUCUAGCAUACUUAGACAGUCUAAUCAAAUCCAAGGCUGAAGAUGAAAGGUUGUCUUUUCUUAGCUCUCUACUCCAUCCUGAAUCACUACGAUUAGAUUGGUUAUGUUUGGCAGUGUCUCAUGAUGCACCUCAUGCUGCAAGUACAAUGGAUGACAAAGGAAAUCCAAGGCCACGCUCACAUUUAUUUACUUGGGGAUAUAACCAACUGAUUUUACUAUUGCUGAAACUCCCAGCUGACACUACAACGAAAGAGAAAAUGUCUGACAUUUGCAAAAGCUAUGGCUUUUGGCCUGGAUAUCUUUCUCUCUGUUUGGAGCUGGAUAGAAGAGCUGAAACCCUUACUAAUAUUAUUCAUUUGGAUGAUAUGAACUUGUUGGAUAGAGAACAUGGAGCAAUUCCAGAGACUAUGGAAGAAUGGAAGUUCCUCCUUUGCCUUAUAAAGAGUCAUUGCAGCAGUGUCCUUCACCCUACUAUGCAGAAUGGCAGUGCCCUUGGUAAUGGCACUCCAAAUUGGCCAAAUUGUAUUACUGUUGAAAACGUGGCUCUCCUCCUAGCCAAAGAUAUUGGCCCGGAUCGUGCUUUGCUGCUGUUGGAAGGCUGUGGCCUGAUGGCUGAGUUAUCGGAAAGAUUUGCCAAAGUAUGUGAAAUACUAAGAAUUGCUGAGAAAAGGCAAAGAGCCCUGAUUCAGUCAAUGCUGGAAAGAUGUGAUCGGUUUUUGUGGUCUCAGCAAGUGUAGCAAGCAGUCUGAGGAAAUGAUAGCAACAGUAAAAAAUGAAUUCUUUUGGUGCUGUAUCAUUUUACAGAAAAGUGAUGGGGUAGCAUCCAGAGCAGCCCUGCUGUAAGAGUGCUAUCACACAUCCUUUCCCCUGCUGUCUCAUGCAGCCCCCUAAAAAGAUGCUCUUUGGUAGCUCCAUCCAGCUGGGAUUUGUCCCUGCAGCCACCAGCACCACAUCCCACACCAUUGCUGCAGGCCCUCCAACCCAAGCUAUUCAAGGGACUGUAACAAGGAGGAACAGACAGAACAUGGCUUGUGUUAGCACUCUAGCGCCAACGCCAUUCAGGUUGCUACUUUUCCUGUCUAGAAAUUUGUACAGUUAGACUGCACUAAAGUGUUAAUAAUGAAGCUUCAUUUUCUAAUACACAUGUUCAGGUCUUCGUCGAUUAGAUUUCGUUGUAUCCAUAUUUGUUUUGAAAGUGUAUCAGUUGAUGAAGUGUCAAAUGAUAUUCCUGACUGCUUGGCAGGAUUACUUGUAUAUUGUAAAAGCUUUGAACUAUCAGUGUUAAGCUUCGGUAUAAAGAUUUUAAUGUACAGUAGUGUUUCAACACUUGAAAAGGUUGAUGUGAAAUGAUUUUGUGUAUGGCAAAUUUGUACUGUAUAUAUGCACAUGCAUGCACACCUGCCAGGUUACAUAAUUAUCUUCUAAAAAGCACCCUAAUGCAUAUGUGAAAUCUGUUCUGUACUGUUUUCUUUGUAGAAUGGCAGCCUGAUCCUGUGCAUGCUUAUGCUCAAGUGCGAAAGAAUUUCAUCCUAAAGCUGAAAUAGUGAAAUAUACUUGCUUUUAAGCUAGUGUUGGAUGGUUCUUCACUGCUGCAGUGUUGUAUUCUUUGGCUUUGAAAUGUUCACAUUUUAAAAUCCACUUAACUAAUCGCUUUGUAAUUGCCAAUGGUAACAUUAAUAGAAUAUGUGUAUUAUUUGGUCUCUUCUUAAGAUUAUUUUACUAAAAUAUUUUUAAUAAUAAUAGUUUGAAUCAAAAGUAAUAUGAGGCUGUUCUGGCUUGUGCAAGGGGUCUUUCUGCUUCUCCUUCUCCUGGCAAGCCCCUGCAUCCCCGUGGGGGAAAAUACCCUGGGAAACCCUCUAGCAUAGUUUUCUAGGAAUGUGAGCGGCUGCAGUAUGGGAGGGUGGCAAUGAGCGUGGUCACACAUUUCAUGUACACCUAGUCAUGCUUUCUGCUCAUUCAUGGGGGUAGUUUGGGUUAAUCCAGUGUAAAUUAUACUUACGGGAGAUAGGGCAUGUAUCCUGUAAAGCUAUGCAAUUUAUAUCAGUUAUUAUUGGUGUGGAUAGGGAUGUAAAAGGAUUACAGAAUUGUUCUACAGUCAUUAGUCAUCUCUUCCACAUUUCUGGUGUUCCAGCUGAAUAUUUCAGCUGAUGUCUGAAAUGGCACAGUUGCAUCAUCUUGUACCCCAGAUUUCCUGGUUAAUAAUGACAUACUGGUACUCCUGAAUGAAUUAUUGUCUCUUAACAUUUCACAUAUCACCACAUUAGAAUGUAACUUAUCUUUUUGUGCCUUGUUUUCCUAGACUGCAGUCAAAAUGAGUGUUUACUACCUCACAUUGGGUUUUAGGAUAAAUAGUUACAGUUUUAAGACCAAUGCAAAUGCACAAAAUGAAUUCAUGAACUGGUACAUUUAACAAAACUCUGUACUGCAUCCUGUUUGAAGAGAGUGGUGUGGAACAGCUAAAAGCCUGAUACAUUCUUUUAUAUUAACAGUGCUGUUUUUUACUUCAUACACCACUAACUUUUGAGAAUACAUUAUGAUUUUGUGGCCACUGGUCAUAGUAACAGCAGCUUUAAAACAUGAUUGUACUCAAAUUGCCUUGUUAAUGAUUUUAGCUAACUCAAAAUUUUAAUAAAGUUAAUAUAUCUUA